ACACACACACACGAAAGGAAGUGCUUCUCAUUUCACAAAUUAAUAUACCAACAAAAAGGAGUAGAAAAUCUUCUUCUCUAGCUAAUGGAGAUGGAAAGCAUACUUGGGUUUCUUGAGAACAAGACCAUUUUGGUCACUGGUGCAACUGGGUAUCUAGCAAAGAUUUUUGUGGAGAAGAUAAUAAGGGUUCAACCAAAGGUUAAGAAGCUUUAUCUUCUUUUAAGAGCUUCUGAUGCUAACUCUGCUUUGGAACGCCUAAAUAAGGAGGUCAUAAGGAAGGAACUGUUUAAAGUUCUAAGGGAGAAAUAUGGUGAAAGCCUAUCUUCCUUUGUAUCAGAAAAGGUUACUGCUGUUGCUGGUGACAUCUCUUAUGAAGAUUUAGGAGUGAAAGACUCCUACUUGAGGAAUGAGAUGUGGAGAGAAAUUGAUGUGGUGGUUAAUUUUGCUGCCACAACCAACUUUGAUGAUAGAUAUGACAUUUCCUUAGGCAUAAAUACAUUGGGAGCUUUGCAUGCCUUGAACUUUGCAAAGAAAUGUCUUAAAAUUAAGAUGCUUGUCCAUGUCUCUACUGCUUAUGUAUGUGGUGAAGACACAGGACUUAUACUAGAAAAGCCAUUUUGCAUGGGUAAAGCCAAGAAAGGAACCAGUAAAAUAGACAUUGAAGAAGAAAAGAAACUGAUACAACAGAAACUAAAUGAACUCCUUUCAGAAAAUGCUUCAGAUAAAGCAAUUACAGAAGUCAUGAAGGAUUUCGGCAUUGAACGGUAUCAAGGAGUCAAAUUAAUUAACCUUAAGGCAAGGGUGUAUGGGUGGCCAAACACCUAUGUAUUUACAAAGGCAAUGGGAGAGAUGCUUCUAAUGCAUUUGAAAGAAGAUUUGUCCCUUCUUAUUAUACGUCCCACCAUGGUCACAAGUACCUAUAAAGAACCAUUUCCCGGUUGGAUUGAAGGUGUAAGAACCAUUGAUAGCGUAAUUGCGGGCUAUGCCAAAGGGAAAGUUACAUGCUUUGUUUCUAAUCCACAAUCAAACCUAGAUGUGAUACCAGCUGAUAUGGUGGUGAAUGGUAUUAUCGUAGCCAUGGCUGCACGUAGGAAGCAAUCUUCAGAAACCAUUUAUCAUUUAGGAUCUUCAUUGAGAAACCCUGUGAAAUUAUCAAAUAUUCAUGAUUUUAGCUUUCGUUAUUUCUCUGCAAAUCCAUGGAUUAACAAGGAUGGAAUGCCAGUGAAGAUUCCCAAAGGCACCGUCUUUUGCUCCAUGGCCAGCUUCCAUAUGUACAUGGCAAUUUGUUUUCAGCUGCCAUUGAAGGCAUUGCAAGUUGCAAACACUAUGGUGUUCCAGAAAUAUCAGGGCACGUAUGCAACUCUUGAUAGGAAAAUAAAACUAGUGAUGAGAUUGAUAGAACUUUAUAAGCCUUAUGUGUUCUUUGAGGGCAUCUUCGAUGACAUGAACUCAGAGAAGUUGAGAGCAGCUGCAAAAGAGAAAGUUCCUGAAGAAGCAGAUGGCUUCAACUUUGAUCCCACAGGGAUUGACUGGGAAGAUUACAUGAUGGGUGUUCACAUUCCAGGUCUUGUUAAAUACGUAAUGAAAUGAAUACUAGGCCACCUAAACCCCCUUCAAUUUAGCUAUUUGUAUCACUGGUAUUGCUUCUCUAAGAUUGUGCUUUAAGAGUUAAAUACUCCCUGAUAGUUAAUUAUGGUGAAAUUCACAUAGUAAUUAAUGAUUAAAAUUAAAUUAUUCAAUAAAUUGCAUUUUAAAA